CACAGCCUUGUUGCCCUCGCUGCAUCACAAUCACCACUUUGGCAGUGCAGUGGGGGUACAGUUGGGGAGACGGGGCUGGCAAAAAUGCAGGCAAGACCAGCAGGGCGGGCUGGGGGUUGGACGUGGAGCAGUAAGAUGUCUUGGGCUGGCCCUCCUGCUUGGCUCUCUCUUCCCGCCCUCAGGCGAUGUUGCGAUGCACAGGAAAUUUGAAAUAUGCACUCAUCUUAGCUAAGGGCCCUUUCACAUUUCCUCUUGUCCUGCCACUUUCCCCAAGGGAAACCUGCUGUUUACUGCUGAAUUGUAACAAACUUCAAAGAAUUGACAUUUGUUCCGAUUCAGUGGUAAAAAACGGUAUCCCCGGGAGAAGCGGUAGGACAAAUGAAAAACUGUUUAGACCCAUGCCUAGAACAUUCUUGGUAUAAGAAGUAUAUAACCUCAUUUUCCGUACUCUUUUUGUUUACCUGGGCACUGAAAUAAAUGCUAAAACUCAGUCCCACUGAGUUCUGAAUCCAUUUGUAGGUGUUUUCACAUGUCAUGCUCAAAAUCUACAUUGGUUAAUUUGCUUUCUAAAACAUAAAUAAGAUGCAGUGUGUCUUCUGAAUUCUACAGUUAUAAAGGCAAAUUUAAGCCUCAUGUCACGUGCAAAAACACUACAAAGGUACCUUGGUUCUCAAACUUAAUCCGUUCCAGAAGUCUGUUCCAAAACCAAGGCGCGCUUUCCUAUAGAAAGUAAUGCAAAAUGGAUUAAUCCGUUCCAGACUUUUAAAAACAACCCUAAAACAGCAAUUUAACAUGAAUUUUACUAUCUAACGAGACCAUUGAUCUAUAAAAUGAAAGCAAUAAACAAUGUACUGCAGUUAAUCAGUAGCUGAACUGGGUUCCAUACAGUCACAAAAACCAAAAAUGAGCAGCAAAAACAAAACGCAAAAUAAAUAGCAAAAACAGACAGACCUCAGUGUAACUCUCAAAAUGGAAGUAUGGCACUCAAAUCGUCAGUAUAACACUCUAAACGGAGCAUGUUCGCUUCUGGAAAAAGUUCGCAAACCAAGGCAUUUGAGAACCAAGGUACCACUGUACUCUAUGCACAGCGUGAAGUUCUAUACUUGCUCCUGUAUUGCCAGAUGGAACCAGCUAGCUCGAGACAAUCUGCUGUCCGGGACCUCUUACUGUUUGAUUUUAUUCAGUUUGUAACAAUUUAUUAAUGAAUCAAAAGGUAUGCAUUCUUUUCUCUGUACAGGCAAGGACCAAUUUAGGUGCGUCCGAAUGAUACACAAUCAUGCACAUGCGCAUAGCACUGAACUUGGAAAUAGCCCCAAAAUGUUGUAAAGAUGACAUGAAAAUGGGCAGAACAGACUUAGGCUCUGCUGACGCAUGUGAGGGUCUGGAACAGAAACCCCACACAAAACAAGUAUUGCCUGUAUUGUACAGUGACUUCAUGUGAAAGGAAAUUUGAAGAAAGAGGGAGAUCUGGCAAAGUGAAAAAUCUGAUGGGUCUAAUGCACAGAAUCAUAGAAUUGUGGAGUUGGAAGAUAUCCUUAAGGGUCAUCUAGUCCAACCCCUUGCAGUGCAGGAAUCUUAUGUCUAAUACUGGGUUUGAACCCAUGACCCUUGAGAUUAAGAGUCUCAUGCUCUUCCGACUGAGCUAUCUCAAUAUCCAAUUUCUGUUUGGGCUUUCCUUGAGGCUUGCCUAGAUUAAGGUACUUUUAAGUGAUGGUUGGGAAAUGCUUGGUUUGACACCCUCAUUUGAUUUGAUAGUAUCAAGAACAGCCUCGCCCAACUGGAUUUUUUCUUUCAGUUGACCAAACCUCAUAUGAACCAGGUUCGUGCCUGAGUUUGUUUAGGUCACAGACAAUGCAAACAGCUACAGAGUAACCUGAGCUUAACAGAGUUAUUCAUAGGAGCAUGUUAGCAACGCACAGGGCUGGGCUUAGUGACUUUGUAUGGGGAAAGCCAGCAACCACUGAGAAAAUGCUGCUGUUGUUCAAGCAGAGCAAUAUCUUAGUAACCAUACUGUGCACACUGCAAGAGACACUGUGUAUUUGAAAGGAUUCUCUUUUCCUUUGUAAUUUGGGACUGAAAUUAUCACAGAAACUUUAUGGAAAAUUUCGACAAAGAGCCUGGAGGAAGAAAGAAGCAACACGCAUUAAAAAAGCAAACUACUGUCCUUUGUGAUUUGAAGAGCCUGUUGCCCUGAAAUUUUGUCAGGAUGACAGACUCGGAGGUGGCUGAUCACAUGACUCGACUCAAACUCAAACUCCUUGAGAAGAAACUAGAAAAUGAACGUGAAAACAUUGAUGAUUUGGAAUCUUCCUUUUCUGCAGCAAGAGAUGGCAGACUCUUUCCAACUGUUUUUGCAGGGAAUUAUGGCAGCCAUGGCAAUGCAGUGCAAAGUGCAUUGAGACGAAGAAAGGAUCUUCUGCAGCAGCUCAGGGAGCAAAAUGUUCUGGAAGAAUUGUCAUUACCACGUGGCUUGCCAAGACUCCAGAGGAAGCACUUCAGACCAGAACCAGAACAUUUCUACCAAAUUCCUCCUCCUCUUCCUCCUCCUCCUCCACCUGAACAGCCAAGGAUUAUCCAGCAGACAUUGCCUCAGCAGCCAGCAACCAUUAUUCAGCAAAUUCCUCAGCAUCCACCGCUCAUUACACAGAUUCCAUCUCCGCAGCCUUGCCCAGGCCCUCGCUCUGGCAGUAUUAAGGAAGAUAUGGUGGAAAUGAUGCUAAUGCAAAAUGCACAGAUGCAUCAGAUUAUUAUGCAGAACAUGAUGUUGAAAUCUCUGCCACCACCUGCUUAUUCAGCAGCUGGUGGGCAUGGAGUUCCUGUGCUUCACCCGGGACAACAGCUGACUGCUCCGCUUCUAGUAAGAACAGAGAAGUCACGACCCCCAACAGUGCAUCAUCACCACUACACACCUCCAGGGAUGCCAGCCAUCCCAUCUCAGCUUGGCUUUUCCAUGGGCCCUUCUGUGAUACAACCUGGCCUUGGCACACCACUGGGAGGAUUCCCAUCUGAUUUACGUCACCUGCCCAUCCCAACAUCUGCAGCGUAUGUUGUACCUACCAAUGGACUGCUUGGAUUACCCCCGGGUUUGUAGACUUCUACAGUGCCUGACUAGCAAAGCAUGAAAUGAGAUUAAGAGUGCGGUGAACCCCUUCUUGGAAGGCAAGCGGACAACAAUCUUGUGACCUGAAAUAAGGAAGGAAUGCAGUAAAUGAAGAUUACAUUGGGCAAUGUCUGCUUAAGGGAAGAGUUGUAUCCAUUUAUAGUUUGCUUCAAUAAAGUUUUAGCAUCUUU